GAACACCGCUCGCUCGUUAUUCAAAUUAACCCUAAAAUCAAUUUUAAUUCUAACAUUUUCUACCGAUUUACAGUUGCAAUUUCGAAUCAAUCACAUCAAUCUCACACAAAAACAACCUCAAAAUGUCGUGGCAAACUUACGUUGAUGAGCAUUUGAUGUGUGACAUCGACGGCAGUGGUCAGCAUCUCUCUUCCGCUGCCAUCUUCGGCACCGAUGGCACCGUCUGGGCUAAGAGCACUUCCUUCCCCCAGUAUAAAUCCGAAGAGAUCAACGCUAUCAUCAAAGAAUUCAAUGAAGCAGGUCAUCUAGCCCCAACUGGUUUAUUCCUGGCGGGUGCAAAGUACAUGGUGAUCCAAGGAGAGGCUGGAGCUGUGAUUCGUGGUAAAAAGGGAGCUGGAGGGAUAUGUGUGAAGAAAACAACUCAAGCCAUGGUGUUUGGGCUGUAUGAUGAGCCAGUCGCACCUGGUCAAUGCAACAUGGUUGUUGAGAGGUUGGGUGAUUAUCUGUUGGACCAGGCUCUGUAGGGCCCACAAAGGUCUUCUUGUUAUUCAAGUACUUAUAUAUAUAUUAUAUGUUUUGUGUCUAUACUCUAUACUCUCUUUCAUAAAUUGGGAUACAUGGUUUUUUUUUUUUGGAGUUGUGAUGUG